UCCAUUAUAACUGUAAGAGAGAUUCAGAGUUUCCUUCCCAAUUUAUUCAAAGAUCUGAAACAACUUUAAUCAAUUAGACAAUUAGGCUGCCAAUUAAAGAUAUGGUUGAUUCAGUUCUUGGAGUUGUUCUUCAGAACAUUGACUCCCUACUUCAGCAAGAGUUUGCUUUGAUAUGGGGAGUCGAUCGAGAGAUGAGAAGGCUUUCUGAAACCUUAGAUACAAUUCGAGAUGUAUUGGAAGAUGCUGAGGUGAAUCAAUUCAAGGAUAAGGCGAUCAAAAGUUGGUUAAAGAAACUUAAGGAUGCGGCUUAUGAUGCAGACGACAUCUUAGAUGAGUGUGCAGCCAAAGCAAUUCAAUUAGACGAAGAAGCCCAGAUGAGUAACUGCACCAGCCAGGUUAGCCACUCUUUCUUAUCUUGUUUCAGUUCUCAACAACUUCUGUUUCGUCGACACAAGAUUGGACAGAGAAUGAAAGAUAUUAGAGAGAGAUUUGAUGAUAUUGCUGCUGAGAGGUCCAAAUUUCAUUUGAACCAACUGGGAACUGUGGGAUGGACUAUUUAUGAGAGCAGUACUGAACGAGCAGAGACUAGCCCCAUUCUAACUACUGAACACCCUGUUUAUGGCAGAGAAGAGGACAGAGAAGUGAUAGUUAAAGUAUUGCUGGAAUACAGUAGCAAACCAGAUUUGCUGGUUUAUCCAAUAUUCGGAAUGGGUGGUCUUGGGAAGACCACACUCGCUCAACUAGUCUACAACGAUGAAAGAGUGAAAAGUCAUUUCGAGACCAGAAAUUGGGUUUGCGUAUCUGAUGAUUUUGAUGUAAAAAGGCUUACCAAAGCUAUCAUAGAAUCUAUGGGUGGAACUGCAAAUGAUCUCACGGAGUUGCAUCCAAUGCAAAGCCGCCUUCGUGAGAUGUUGAGUAAGAGAAGAAGCUUUUUGAUUGUACUAGAUGAUGUCUGGAAUGAAGAUCAGGACAAGUGGGCUACGGUGAAAUCUUCAUUAACAUGUGGAAGUGAAGGAAGUGCAAUUCUUGUAACCACCCGUAUUGAAAAAAUAGCAUUAAUCAUGGGCACUUUUUCUGGUCGCCACUUGAAAAGACUCUCAGAGGACAAUUGCUGGGAUUUGUUCAAGCAACGUGCAUUUCGCGAUGGCAGAGAAGAGAAAUCAAACUUGGUAGUGAUUGGUAAAGAGAUUGUGAAGAAGUGUGGAGGUGUACCUCUGGCUGCAAAGUCUCUAGGAGGCUUAAUGCGUUUCAAACACACAGAGAUUGAAUGGGUUUUUGUUCGAGACAGUGAAAUUUGGGAUCUACCAGAAGAUGAAGAAAAUACAAUUUUACCGGCCCUUAGACUCAGUUACAAUCAUCCGCCCUCACAUUUGAGGCAAUGUUUUGCUUAUUGCUCCAUAUUUCCAAAGGAUCAUGAGAUCAAGAAGGAAAUGUUAGUCCAUCUCUGGAUGGCUAAUGGUUUUAUUCCAUCUAGAGGUAACAUGGAGUUGGAAGACAUUGGCUAUAAAAUUUUCAACGAGUUACUUUGGAGGUCUUUCUUUCAAGACAUAGAAAAAAAUGAUUAUGGCGAUGUAGUGCAUUGUAAGAUGCAUGAUUUAGUCCAUGAUCUUGCAUGUUCUGUUAUGGGUGAUGAAUGUUGGACCUUAGAUGAUGAUGCUACUAGCAAAGAAAAAAUUGUUCCCAAAGGGAUUCGGCACUUGUCAAUGAAGAUUCACCAGCAUUCUAAUGAGUCUUUUUUGCGCAAAUCUCAAACCAUACGUACCCUGCUGCUAGAUGUCUUGCCAGUAGAGUUUAACAUUUCAAAUCUUAGAUACUUAAGAGUGUUACAUUUGAGUAAUUCAAGUGCCAUUAACGUGGACACUUCAAAUAGGCCAUCUCCAUUAGCUUCUUUAGCCUAUUUGAUACACUUGAGAUACCUAGACCUCUCUAAGAUGAAUAUAAGGACAUUACCUGAAUCCUUGAGCAACCUAAAACAUUUGCAGACAUUGAACCUAUUCGGAUGUUUUAGUCUUCAAAAUUUGCCUGCACAAAUGAGUAACAUGAGCAGCCUCAGGCACCUGGAUAUUCGUGGAUGUAACUCGCUAAGUUACGUACCAAGUGGAAUGGGACGGCUGAUUCACCUCCAGACAUUAAGCAUCUUCAUCGUGAGGAAGAAGAGCGGAUGUGGUAUCAGUGAAUUACAAGGACUGAACAACCUUAGAGGAGAAGUACACAUAAAAGGUCUUGAGAAGGUGAAGAAUUCAGUGGAUGCCAAAGAAGCCAAUUUGAUAGGAAAGAGAAACCUUGACUCUUUAGCCCUGUCUUGGUCUCAUCCAAUUCAUUAUAUUGAUCAUCAUCAUCAUCAUCAUCAUCAUCAUCAUGAGACUCACAUAAUCCAAGCAGAAAUUGCAUCAUCUUCUGAAGAGGUGCUAGAAGUCCUCCAGCCCCCAGCAAGCAUAAGAAGAUUGGUAAUAGAAAACUACAUGGGCAUGAAGUUUCCAAGUUGGAUGGAUGGGUUUUCACUCCAAAAUUUGGUUUAUGUUGAACUUAGCAACUGUGAUAGAUGUGAACAUCUAACACAUUUCGUCGACGACAGUGUUGAUGGCUUGGGUAAAGGAUUCCUCUUGCUAAAAGAACUAGUCUUACGUGACAUGCUAAGUCUUGAAGAAUUGUUGUUGAAUGUUCCAGAAGGAAGAGAAGUAUUCCCUAGCCUUGUGAAAAUGAAAAUUAUAAAUUGUGACAAGUUGAAAACCCUCCCAUUAAUCCCGUCUCUUCAAACAGUGAGUUUUGAGAACUGCAGCAAGCUCAUCACAUUGCCAAGAAUGUGUAUUAGGCAGGGAGAAAUAGGGUUUAGCUCUCUUAAAGAGUUUUAUAUCAGAGGGUGCAAAGCUAUGAAAUUUUUGUGGGACGAAGAAGAUGAGACCCAGUUCCAGGGGUUGAGCUCUUUAAAGAAAUUGAGAAUUAGAGGUUGUACCGGACUAGCCUCUUUGUCAUCAGGAUUGAGAUAUUUAACAGCUCUCGAGCGUUUGAGUAUUGAAGAGUGUCCAGAGCUAGAACUCUCCCAAUUGGAGGAUUUUCGGCACCUCACUUCCCUUCAAGAAAUAUAUAUUUUCGACCUGCCUAUGUUGACGUCUUUGCCAGAGAGCCUAAAAUACGCCACAAUGCUGCAACGUCUACAAAUCUCUGGUUGUUGGGGGCUAAAUGCGUUGCCAGAAUGGAUCCAAAAUCUUACCUCACUUCGAAACAUAUCUAUUUGGUUGUGUCCAAAUCUUACUUUCUUGCCAGAUGGUCUUCAACAAAUGACAGCCCUGCAAAAUCUUGUAAUAGAAGAUUGCAACACCAUUUUAGAGACACGAUGUAGAGAAGGAGGAGAAGAUUGGCACAAGAUAGUUCACAUUCCCAAUGUUAUUGUCAAAUCAUCGAUCUCAACGAUAUGA